AUGUGCUCGCGGCCGGACAGGGCCGGGGCUCAGCAGCAUCCUCCGGGGCCGCCGCGCCCGCGCCCUGCCGGCUUCUCCCGCCUCGGCUCCUCGCUCGCGCCGCCCGCGGGCGGAACCGCCGCCGCUGCUAUUUCUGGGCCGCCGGCCCCGCCGCGCUGGGUCACCUCCCAGGAACGCCCCCGGACGGCGUCAGCCACCCGGGACCUGCGGCGUCGCCGGCGCGUUGCCUCCGCCCUCGGACCAGCCCCGCGCGAGCCGGGCUCCCCCGGCGCCCUCCCGCAUCCGCCGCUCCCGGCCCCGCCUGCCCGCAAGGCCCGGGUAGGAAGGACGGGACCGGCCCGGUGGAGACCCGGCCCCUCUGCCAGAGGGUCCCUGGAGAUGCCAUGCUCCUCUGAGAAGCGGCUGCUCUGGCCGAGGCCGUUUGCGUGGCAGCGCUUGCAGGUCUGCGGAAGCCAGGUUGAAGCUACCCCAUACCCAAGUCGCCCCAUCCAAUGGGAAAUUCCAAAUCAAGGCCUCCAAAGAGCUCGAUUCCCAAAAGCCAGUCAAACCACAGUGGAAGCCUCCGCCGUGUUAUACAUCCUGAGCAGUGAGUGGAGCCAGGUCACCCCUGAACUUAAACAUGGCCUCAUGAAAACCAGGUCCCCAUGAUCACCCUAAGGGAUUUCUGUGUUUAGCUGUUUACCCACCCAUUUGGCGAGUAGCAGACCCUGACUGUGCUAGACACUGGAAGAAUGGCCGAUGGAGGAAGAGGACCCACGCCGAAGUCGAGCAGUAAAGGAAAGAGACAAACAUAUAAACGGGAGACUAUUGUAUGAUGUGAAAUGUCUGAGGCUUGGUGUAGUUGCUUCAUUUUGGUAACUCUUCUCAUUCAAGAAAUGAGUACAAAUUCCAGAGACUCCAAACCUUGAAUUCAACUGAAACCAACCCCCAAGUAAAGGAGAAGAUGCUCAGGAUGGCUGGAGUUUGAACCUAGUCAACUGGUAGGUGAGUGUGUGUGUUUGUGAUGGGGGGAAAAUCUGGGUUUUGUUUGAAUUCCCAAGACUGCCUUAGAUGAGGAAGAACCUAAUACAGACUCAUCCUAAUCUGAAGUGCCUCUAAGAAUAUUGGUGUACAAGUUGAGCAUCCGUCAUCCAAAAUGCUUGGGACCAGGAGUGUUUCUCCGAUUUUGGAAUAUUCGCAUUAUACUUACCAGUGGAGCACUUCUAAUCCGAAAAUCCUGAAUCCGAAAUGCUCCAGUGAGCAUUUCUUCUGAGCAUUGUGUCAGCCGUCAAAAAGUUUCUAAUUUUGGAGCAUUUUGGAUUUCAAAUCAGUGAUGCUUAACCUGUACUAAGAGUACCGAACUACUGUACUGAGUUGCCUUAAGGCUCCAAUUACAUUAGACCUCUUGCAAAUUUUAUUUCUACUGAGGUUAUUAUUGUUAAAAAAAAAAAAAUUUCAAUAA